AUGCCGGCUGUGUCGAAAGGAGAUGGAAUGCGCGGAUUAGCCGUUUUCAUUUCGGACAUAAGGAAUUGUAAAAGCAAGGAAGCCGAAAUCAAGCGGAUCAAUAAAGAACUGGCCAACAUUCGCUCCAAAUUUAAAGGGGACAAAGCUCUGGAUGGCUACAGCAAGAAGAAAUAUGUCUGCAAGCUGCUCUUCAUCUUCCUGCUUGGCCAUGACAUUGACUUUGGACACAUGGAGGCGGUAAACCUGCUGAGUUCCAACAAGUAUACAGAAAAACAGAUCGGCUACCUGUUCAUCUCAGUACUGGUCAACAGCAAUAGCGAACUGAUCCGUCUGAUUAACAAUGCCAUCAAAAAUGACCUGUCCAGCCGCAACCCAACUUUCAUGUGCUUGGCACUUCACUGUAUUGCCAAUGUGGGCAGUCGUGAAAUGGCCGAGGCCUUUGCCAGUGAAAUCCCCCGCAUCUUGGUUGCUGGUGAUACAAUGGACAGUGUGAAGCAGUCAGCUGCCCUGUGUCUGCUGCGCCUCUAUAAAACUUCCCCGGACUUAGUGCUGAUGGGAGAAUGGACAUCCCGUGUGGUACACCUUCUCAAUGACCAACACAUGGGUGUGGUAACAGCAGCCAUUUCUCUUAUUACCUGUUUGAGCCAGAAGAAUCCAGAUGAGUUCAAGACAUGUGUUUCCCUGGCAGUGUCUCGACUCAGCAGGAUUGUCUCAUCAGCCUCCACUGACCUGCAAGAUUACACCUACUACUUUGUCCCAGCACCAUGGCUCUCUUGUAAACUUCUGCGCCUGCUGCAAUGCUACCCUCCACCCGAAGAUGGCGCGGUGAAGGGUCGUUUGGUGGAGUGUCUGGAAACCAUCCUUAACAAGGCACAGGAACCACCUAAAUCAAAGAAAGUACAGCACUCUAAUGCCAAGAAUGCUAUCCUCUUUGAGGCAAUCUCUCUUAUCAUCCACUACGACAGUGAGCCAAAUCUGCUGGUGCGAGCCUGUAACCAGCUGGGUCAGUUCCUGCAGCAUCGGGAGACUAACCUGCGCUACUUGGCUUUGGAAAGCAUGUGUACUCUGGCCAGCUCAGAGUUUUCUCAUGAAGCAGUCAAGACACACAUUGAAACUGUCAUAAAUGCACUCAAGACUGAGCGGGAUGUUAGUGUUCGACAAAGAGCAGCAGAUCUGCUGUACGCCAUGUGUGAUCGCAGUAAUGCCAAGCAGAUAGUAGCUGAGAUGCUCAGCUACCUUGAGACAGCCGACUACUCCAUCAGAGAGGAAAUGGUGCUCAAAGUGGCUAUCCUGGCCGAAAAGUAUGCUGUUGAUUACUCCUGGUACGUCGACACUAUUCUUAACCUCAUCCGCAUCGCUGGCGAUUAUGUCAGUGAAGAAGUAUGGUACCGUGUCAUCCAGAUCGUCAUCAACCGUGAUGAUGUGCAAGGCUACGCUGCCAAGACCGUCUUUGAGGCCUUGCAAGCCCCAGCAUGUCAUGAAAACAUGGUGAAAGUUGGAGGCUAUAUUCUUGGAGAGUUUGGUAACCUCAUUGCAGGUGACCCCCGUUCCAGCCCACUGGUCCAGUUCAACCUUCUUCACUCAAAGUUCCACCUAUGCUCUGUACCCACUCGUGCCCUUCUGCUGUCAGCCUACAUCAAGUUUAUCAACUUGUUCCCAGAGACCAAGGCCACUAUCCAGGAGGUUCUUCGCUGUGACAGUCAGAUUCGCAACUCUGACGUAGAGCUGCAGCAACGUGCCGUCGAGUAUUUGAAGCUAUCUUCUAUUGCCAGCACAGAUGUAUUGGCCACUGUUCUGGAGGAGAUGCCUCCUUUCCCUGAGAGGGAGUCUUCAAUCUUGGCUAAGCUUAAGAAGAAGAAGGGGCCCGGUGCAGUGUCUGUGACAGACCUGGAGGACAGCAAACGGGAAGGUGGAGAGCUGAACGGAGGUAGCGAAAGGGGCCAAGACCCAUCAGCCAUGUCAACUCCAUCACCGUCAGCAGACCUUCUUGGAAUUCGAGCAGGACCUCCUGUUGGUGCCGCUCCAACCAGUGCUGGCAGCCUGUUGGUGGAUGUGUUCUCUGAAGCUGGGCCAACGGCACCCUCUGCAGCAGUGAAUGACGACGGCUUCCUAAGAGAUCUGGAACAGCCCACCGAGACCUCUGACUCCCUUUUGGUGGAGGGUUCUGGUGACUCGGACUCUGCUCCUCCUUCUGAGGAUCCUGCUCCCCCUCUGUCUGAAGCUGAUGAACUCCUUAACAAGUUUGUUUGCAAGAACAACGGUGUUUUGUUUGAGAAUCAGCUCUUACAGAUUGGCAUCAAGUCAGAAUAUCGCCAAAAUCUUGGGAGAAUGUACUUGUUCUAUGGUAACAAGACUUCAGUGCAAUUUGCCAGCUUCACCACCACGGUCACCUGUCCUGGGGAGCUCCAGUCUCAGCUUAACGUUCAAACCAAACCAGUGGAACCACUGGUAGAGGGAGGAGCCCAGAUCCAGCAAGUCCUCAACAUUGAGUGUCUAACAGAUUUUUCCGAUGCUCCACUACUCAACAUCAAGUUCAGAUAUGGAGGAGCUCUGCAGAACUUGAGCCUCAAGCUGCCUGUCACCAUCAACAAAUUCUUUCAGCCAACUGAAAUGUCCUCAAAUGAUUUCUUCCAGCGUUGGAAACAACUUAGCCAGCCUCAGCAAGAAGCACAAAAGAUUUUCAAGGCCAACCACAGCAUGGACACAGAAGUACUCAAGGCUAAGCUACUGGGAUUAGGAGCCGCCCUGCUGGACAAUGUUGAUCCAAACCCAGAGAACUAUGUGUCUGCUGGAGUGAUCCAGACCAAGGGUCAGCAAGUUGGCUGUCUGCUAAGACUGGAGCCCAAUGCUCAGGCUCAGAUGUACCGACUCACUCUGCGCUGCAGCAAAGACUCUGUGUCAAGGCGUCUCUGCGAGUUGCUGGCCCAACAGUUCUAG